AGAGGAGAGCAAGAGGGAGAGGGGGGAUGGAGAUGGAGGGAUGACAUAAAAUGAUGCAGAGAGAGAAGGAGGAGAGAAAGAGCGCCAGCCUGCUCAGACCCCUUCGUGCCACAUUGCCCACAUGGAAUAUUUCCGAUUUCUCUUCUUUUUUUCUGCCCGUGGUGUUUUUUAAUCGAGCACGAGAGACGUGACUGGCAUCAUCAAAAUCUCUGACAUACCCAGACACACAAACUCACGCACAUGGAUACGUACGGACAUGAAUGGAGAUAUGUUUUGUUUUAAUAUUUUUUUACUCUGUUGAGGGAAAUAAGGAGACCGCAGCGGUCAAGCAUUCAUACGCCCACGUAGGCGCGGAGCCGAGUUGGACCAAGAGGAUCUGAGCCGUUUUUUAUUGCUGCUGCGCUGCAAAGUUGCGAAGAAAUCUGGGGACUUGAAUCGUGACAACAUGGAUGGAUUUGAUGCGUUAUUUGCCGCAUUCGGAGUCCGUCGGUCUCCCAGGAUGUUGUGCUGCUGGAAGGUUUAUUUUGUGCUGAGCAUCUUCUUUCACAACUACCUGAGCUCUUUGCUGGACUGUCCGCCCACCUGCACCUGCUCGCCCACUGAGAUCUACUGCAAUAAGUCUGACAACAGCAAAUUCUUCCCACUGCUCUCGUUCCAGGGCACCGGGAGCGCCGGGAACAAUACCGGGAGCAUCGAGGACCUUUUCCAGAACAUCACCUCCAUAUACAUUGAGAACUGGACAGGUCUGCAGACCCUGAGGGAUGUGGACAUGGAGCUCUACACCGGCUUACAGAGGCUAACUAUUACAAGGAGCAACCUGCAUUCAAUCCAGACUCGUGUUUUCUCCAAGAACCCCCACUUGCACUACAUAAACUUGUCCAAGAACCCCAUGUUGACCUCGCUGACAUGGCAGAUCUUUGAACAUCUGCAGCUCUUUGAACUUCAUUUAGGGGACGUGGUGUUUGCCUGUGGCUGUGAGAUCCGCUGGCUGCAGCUAUGGCAACAGAGGGGAGAGGCGGGGCUAAGCAACCAACAGUUAUACUGUGCUGAUGGCUACAGGAAGAUACUGCUGCAUGAUAUGAACAUUAGCAGCUGUGACUUGCCUGAUAUCAACGUCAGCCAUAGCAACCUCACAGUUGUCGAGGGUGAUCGAGUAACAGCAAUCUGUAACGGUUCGGGAUCCCCGUUGCCUGAGGUGGACUGGCCUGUCAACGGCUUGCACUCCAUCACUGCACAAGAAGCUAAAGUCUAUGACAACAACACCAUUCAUUCCAUAAACAUAACUUUGGUCAAUGUGAGCAGAGACGACAACAACUUCCUGCUAACCUGCACUGCCACCAACAUAGUGGGCAUGACCAACGCUUCUGUCCAGCUAACUGUCCACUUUCCUCCCUCUAUUAUUAAGCUGAAGGAGCCUGAACGGCGCCAUGACACAUGCAUGGAGUUCACUGUUCGAGGUUCACCGCACCCAACCUUACGAUGGUUCUACAAAGAUAAGGAAAUUUCCCACACUGAGUAUGUGCGUCCUGAUAUGGAUAUUUACCAGGACUACAUAGAGGGCUGCCUAACCUUUAAAAACCCAACACAUCACAACAACGGCAACUACACUUUGGAGGCUACCAACUACUUGGGUGUAGCUACCAGCACUGUGUAUGGGCACUUCCUUGACAAGCCUUUUGAUGGUCCAGAAACAGAUUAUGAUUAUGUAACCCCAACUGCAGAGACACACAAACCUGAGGAAGAUACUUUUGGGGUCUCCAUAGCAGUUGGCCUUGCAGGGUUUGCCUGUGUGAUGCUGGUGGUCCUCUUCCUUCUCAUCAACAAGUAUGGACGACGCUCCAAGUUUGGCAUGAAAGGACCAGUAGCAGUGAUAAGUGGUGAGGAAGACUCUGCCAGUCCCCUUCAUCAUGUAAACCAUGGGAUUAUCAGUCCCUGUGCAUUGGAUGCGGGGCCAGACACUGUGGUGAUAGGAAUGACCCGGAUCCCUGUCAUAGAGAACCCACAGUACUUCAGACAUGGACACAACUGUAACAAACCCACCACUUAUGUUCAGCAUAUUAAACGACGGGAUAUUAUUUUGAAGAGGGAGCUUGGAGAGGGAGCCUUCGGCAAAGUCUUCCUGGCUGAAUGCUACAACCUGAGCCCCACCAAAGACAAGAUGCUGGUAGCUGUAAAGACUCUGAAGGAUCCCACUCUUGCAGCCAGAAAGGACUUCCAGCGUGAGGCUGAGCUGCUGACCAACCUCCAGCAUGAGCACAUAGUGAAGUUCUAUGGAGUCUGUGUGGAUGGAGACCCUCUCAUCAUGGUCUUUGAAUACAUGAAGCACGGAGAUCUCAACAAGUUUCUCAGAGCCCAUGGGCCAGAUGCCAUGAUCCUGGUGGAUGGGCUACCUCUGCAGACCAAUGGGGAGCUGGGUCUGUCCCAGAUGCUUCACAUAGCGAGUCAGAUUGCAGCUGGGAUGAUCUACUUGGCGUCACAGCACUUUGUGCACCGUGAUCUGGCGACCCGGAACUGUCUGGUGGGAAAUGGGCUUCUGGUGAAAAUAGGAGACUUUGGCAUGUCCAGAGACAUUUACAGCACAGACUAUUACAGGGUGGGAGGUCACACCAUGCUGCCUAUCCGCUGGAUGCCUCCAGAGAGCAUCAUGUACAGAAAGUUCACCACAGAAAGUGAUGUGUGGAGCUUUGGAGUCAUCCUAUGGGAGAUCUUCACUUAUGGCAAGCAGCCAUGGUUCCAGCUCGCCAAUAAUGAGGUGAUCGAGUGUAUUACUCAGGGCAGGGUACUGGAGCGCCCCAGGCUCUGUCCCAAGGAAGUCUAUGAUAUCAUGCUGGGCUGCUGGCAGAGAGAGCCACAACAGCGCCUCAACAUUAAGGACAUUCAGAAAAUGCUGUUUACUCUGAUGAAAGCUAUGCCAGUGUAUCUGGACAUACUGGGAUAGAAAGGGGAUGUGUUUUGGUUUGGACUAGAUGGAAAAAGAGUGAGCACACUGAAUCAGAAGGAAAUGAACUGCCUUGGAAAAGAGGUCUGGCCUGGAUUUACAACAUAGUGUAUAAUGGAAAUGUUUGCAUUGGGAUUAGGAAUGGACUGUACAAUGCAUCCAUCUGGUUGACAUAUGACUUUCCUGUUCUGAGAUGCAAUGUCUAGAAUGAACUAACUAAUGUGGAGUAAUGUGUGUUUAGCUGGAUUGGAAUUGACUUGAUUACAAUGUAUUGCAUCGCAUUAUAAUCAGAGGAAACAUUUUGGACCUUGGUUGGGACCCAUGGUUUGGUCUGAGUUUCUGUAGUCCAGUCCUGCUCCUUUUUGAAUUAACUCAUGACUAGGACUUGACUAUGAACUAUGGAUUGAAUCAAACAGGACUGAACUGAAGAGACCUGAUUGUACCGGUCUGGUUAAGUUGUUUUUUCUUAUCCUGAUAAUUUAGGUCAUCAUUUCCUAGCCUAUGCAUUCUCAUUUCACCCUGUAUAGAUCAGUGCAGCUUUGGCUGCAUCCAAGUUUUGAUGAAGCCUGACCUAGGUGGGUAGAUCUCAUCUCAGCUCAGCUUGGCUUUAUUUCAAAUGUCCUGUCCUAGAUUAUACACAAUACCAUUUCAAAAUGGAACCUUUUUCAGCCAUGACUACUUGUGAAACUCGCAGCAUUUUUGUGGCUGUGACCACAAUUGUCCUGAUACAAAAAUUAAAGAGGCACAAAUGCUGACAUUGUAUACCAUCACAUUUUAGAGAACGCUGAAUAAAAGGAGAACCAGGUAGUUCUGGAUUAACAUUGCAAUGCAUGUGAUCAAAUGAAGGACCAGCCUUCAGUUCAAUGAGAAAGGACUGUGUGUAUAAGCACACGUCAUGUACAGCAGCCACUGUGUUCUUAAGUGCUAGUCCAAUGUCAACACACUCCAAAGUGUUCUGAAAAGCCUUUACAGAUUCACCUUCCAGUCCCAUUCUCACGUUUAGCCCACUGAACUCUUCACUUCCACAAGAAACUGACCAGACCUUCCAGUCCUAAGCCUGGAAGCAUAGCCUGAGUGACUUGUCUGUCACCAUAGAUAUGGAC